UGAAAGUACUAGGCUUGUCAUUGCUGAUACUUAAGCCAAUAAGAAACAUGUUUAUACCGAAUAGCCAAUAGAGAGUCAGAGGGUGGGAUUUCCUUGGGCAAAGCGGUAGUAGUCGGUCUGUGUGCCAGUGAAACAAACAGACUCACUUCGGUUUGUUAUUUAUGGUUUAUAGCAAUUACUUGUCGGGGGAAAAAAAAAAAAAAACCACAGCACAUUAAAGACCAACACUUCAAAACCAGCUGUGUUAUGGAAGUGGACAAAAUGGACGAGAACGAGUGGAAAUAUCACGGAGAAGGGAACAAGAGCCUUGUGGUCUCUCAUGUUGAGCACUCUCAAGUUCUGCGCUUUUUAAAAUAUCCAGCUGAAGAACCUGGAAACUCCCAUAAGGCAGCAAAGGAAGCAUUUGGCCAUCUACAGAACAUUGUUGACUUCAGUAAGAAUGUCAUGAAGCCGUUUCUGGGAGAAAACUAUGUCCAUCAUGGGGAGGUUGUACAUCUACCAUUGGAUUUUGUUAGGCAGCUCUCUUUAAAGGUUGAACAAGAAAGACCAGAAUCCCGCUGUGAUAAGGUGAUGGAUAUUUUCAGCGGCUAUGCUUUGUGCCUACCAAAUCUAACCAAACUCCAGACUUGCCAUUUCAGUGAAAGCGGGCCCCCGCUUUGUAUAGAGAUAAAGCCAAAAUGUGGUUUUCUGCCUUUUUCAAGUCAUGUCACAAAGGAUGUUAAACACAGAGUGUGUCGAUUCUGCAUGCAUCAACACCUUAAGUUAGCUAAUGGAAAGUGGAAAAGAAUGAGUCGAUACUGCCCUCUUGACCUUUUCUCGGGAAAUAAACAGAGAAUGUCCUUUGCCUUAAAGAACUUGCUACAAGAGGCACAAAACAACCUGAAAAUCUUUAAGAAUGGUGAAUUAAUAUAUGGUUGUAAGGAUGACAAGGAUUGCCUGCAGGACUUGAAUGAACUCACUCAACACUUGAAACCAUACUUCUUUCCUGCCAAUGGUCUAAUCCACGGUCCACAUUGCACAAGGACUGUUAUCAAUGAACUCAUAAACGUGAUCACAACAGCAUUGUUAAGUAACUCGGGCACCUGCAGGACAGGUGAAAUCAGGAAAUUGCACAUUUCAGAGGGAAGGGCCCACUGUGAUGCAAGCCACUUCCACAGAGACAUCCUAAGAAAAGGUCAUUGUGGUCUGCCUAAAGAUUGCGUUCUUUCUAAGAUUCUCCAAGCUCAGAUGCUGGAUAAUGUAGAUAUUGAAGGACUUCACCCUUUGUAUAAUCGUGUGGAACAGUAUUUGGGUGAAUUCCCUAAAGAAAGGAUCAAAUUACAGAUCGAUGGGCCGUACAACGAAAAUUGCUUUGAAAAACUGCGAAAUUCACAAUCUGAAGAUGAUGGAACAGUUGACUAUGCAGUUCGAAAGGUUCAACAGUACAGGGUAGCAAUGACUGCAAAAGACUGCUCGAUAAUGAUAGCACUUUCACCUUGUCCAGAUGAUGAACUACCGGAGCCUAAUUUAGUGAUUCAGACAGCGAAGUCCAGGCUUAUUUAUUCAGUGUCCAUCCUGGAUUUGGACCCUAAACCAUAUGAAAACAUUCCACAUCGGUAUAAGCUUGAUGGACAAAUAGUCAAUUUUUACCUAAAGAGCACACAGGCGAAACCAGACCCUCCAACUCCAAAUCUCUUCAUGGACAGUGAGGACUGCACAUUGGUUCUCCACUCAGUAUGAAUGCGUCAAGGGCGUUUUACAGCGUUUCCAUUCAAGCACGAGUCCAAAACAGGAGGAGCUUGAUGAGCUUAUGUUAUUUCAUUUUGGUUCAACAAUAUGCCAUAUGGUUUGGUGUGAAGAAAGGUGCAGCGAUAGAUUCUAUAUACUAUAGUAUACAUUAGAUGGUAUAUACUACGGUAUACAUUUCUACAAGUCUUGCAGUGACAGAUUUAAGUUGAAAGUUUGAUAUGCUUGAGACACUUUACAAAGGGCAGCUUGCAGAAAGUUUUGGAGAUGCAAAAUUAAUUCUUAAUUAGAAUCAUGUUAAAAAAAAUUAAAGCAGAGUAAGCACUGUC